AUGGCAUCCUUGCAAGGCCAGCAGCGUGAUGCAUUGCGGCCCUUCUCACCCGUCCACACUUUGCUGGUGCCACUGCCAUGCCCACAGGGUGGCCCACCGCAAGUGUCGUCUAUGCUCGAGGCGAGGCCAACGACUCUAGGGUGGCCAGAGUCAGUGGAGAGCGAGUCCUUCUGGGAAGUGGCACCUGACCUGGCGGAUUCUCCCGCUGCGGCCUGGGCCAUGAGCGGCGCCUUCCCGGCGGAGCUGAAGCCGCUCUUCGUGGAGUGCUUCGGGGUGCGUGAGGUGGUGGACACCGCAGCCCUCCGGGAGGGCAUCUUGGCCAGGGUCAACCACGGCAAGCGUGCUGGUGGCUCAAGGCCAGGUGGCUUCGGUGGCUUUGGGAGCUUUAGUGGAGAGCACUUGGGCUCCAAAGCCGUUAACGAGUCGCUUAGCAGCAUGUAG